AUGGCCAAUAACGGACAGCAAAAUAAUUCCCUAAUCACCGUUGCAGUUGCCGGAGGCACUAGGGGCAUGGGUCUCGCCAUCGUCCAUGAGCUGAAGCGAUUUCCCAAUCUUUACACUGUCAAGAUUCUGAGCCGAAAUGCCGAUGCAAGCCAGGCUGGUGAGCUUGGGGUCAAGAUAAUCACUGUGGAUUAUUCGGACAUCGAAAGUAUCACCAAAGUCUUGGAAGCUGAAGACGUCUAUACGCUCAUAUCCAAUGUCUUUAUCUCUGAUGGAGUCACCCCAUCACAGCAUAAUCUGAUCUAUGCUGCCGAAGCCUCGGCCGUGACCAAGAGAUUCGUGCCCAGCACAUUCGAUGUCCCAUAUGACGAGGAAAUGGCAUCCAUCCUGUACACCGGCGGGUACAAGCUCGACAUCGAAAAGAUCCUCACGAUGACCAAGAGCCUUGAGUGGACUAGAUUUCACAAUGGCUUCUUCCUUGACUAUUAUUUCUCGUCAAAGAUGAAGACUUUUUUGACUCCUGGAAAGUACAUCGCGGAUUUGGACUCCAAGAAGGCCAUAAUUCCUGGUGACGGCAACGUUCCUGUGUCGUUCACACAUACUCUGGACGUGGCCCGGUUUGUGGUGGCCAGUCUGUCACUUCCGCAGUGGCCCAGUCGCCUGUACAUGUCCGAAGACUACCUCACCUGGAACGAAUUCAUUGACCUUGCGGAAAAGGCAUCGGGCACCAAAUUCGAGCGACAGCACAACAACCUGGAGGACCUCAAGUCCGGGGACAUCACCCGAUUCAAACAGCUGGAUGGCUGGGAGGUUUUGUAUGAGUACUGGCCAAAAAGAAUGGCGGAGAGGCUUCCCUCGGCGAUUCAAUAUUUCAUGGGAGCUGGACUGUUGGAUACUGAUCGAUAUGGGCCACGCUUGAACGACUUGUUCCCCGACAUCAAGCCCCUCACUGCUCGCGAUGCGCUGGAAAGCUACUACGAGGGGAAGAUCCCUGGUGGCUUUUCUUAA